AUAUAUAUGAACAUGUUUACCUAAACAAUUAACUAAAAAUGAAGGGGGUAUAAUAAUUCCAAGUGUGUUUGAUUGGUUUGCCAGGAACUAAGAAUACACGUUUACAGUUCAUAACAGAAAUAAAUACUUUUCUGAUUUAUCCAAGAGAUUGGGACAUAAAACUUUUAGGCUACUACAAGCACAUUUUCAAGUCUGUUUUGCUGACUUUAUGACACAAAUUGCGAAGAAAAAGCAUUGUUUUGAACAAGUGAUCGACAGCAACAGUUUUGGAUCUGUCAGCCAUAAAUUAUUGUUCACAUCGCUUUAACACACAUUUGUAGGGGCGACAGAAAGAAUGACAGUUUAUUUCGUUCAUUUACUAUGACGUCUUCCCAUCAGCUGUGGCGUCUCAGCGGAAAUCUCGCGUGAAAAAGAGUGCGAGAUUACAGGGCAAGGAGGGCUGCAUGGGGAGCUGAGACAAAACAAAAGGCACACAUUUAAACUGUCAGGCGCUGGUCGCUUUUUUGUGUUUCCUUUUUUAAAUAUUAUUUUAUCUUAGCAUAAUUAUCACAAUCAACCUGCUGUAUCGUUAUCGGUUUAUCUGUAAAACUGGUUUGCAUCAUGCCCAGUAGCACGUCUUUGUUGGAUGCCGAUGAGGGAGAGUCCGAGGUCCCACCGCCGCUGGUGCAUGCUUUGGCCGGUGUGGGCCUCGAGGAUCUCCGCGACACCCAAAGCCAGACACAGGAACAAACAGACGAAAGUUUAUCUUUUCAGCACCACCCGCUCCCCCAGGUUUCCCAUUUUAGACUACUCGGCACGGUUCUGGACUUGAAACCCCUGUCGACGCAUCGACCGCCCACGGGAGAUCAUCAUGAAGUGAACAAAACGGCUGAAGACGAAGAGCCCGAAGUUGUUGCGACCGACUCCCUGGACUGCCCCGGUAGUUCGCUCCUACUGCAGGCCCACCGCCACCAACAUCUCCCAUCGGGACCAAGUAACUCAGCGAUGCCUCCCGGAAUGGAGCCGUCGCACAUACUAGAGACCGUGUUGCUGUACAAUGGAGACGAGCGGGAUGACACCGGGAUUGGCGGUGGCGCCCUGCCUUCUUCAGCUAACAGCAUGGCGAUGCUACCGGCUGGCGUGUACGGAGAAGCGAGUUUCGAGGCCGAGCCUUCGCUUUUGUCCCGGCGAAAAAGCGUCAACACCACGGAAUGUGUGGCCGUACCGAGUUCCGAGCACGUCGCCGAGAUUGUGGGCAGGCAGGGCUGCAAGAUCAAGGCACUCAGGGCCAAGACCAACACCUACAUCAAGACUCCGGUGAGGGGCGAGCAGCCUGUCUUUGUCGUGACGGGACGCAAAGAGGAUGUGGCGAUGGCGAAGAGAGAGAUCCUGUCCGCAGCUGAACACUUCUCCCUCAUCAGAGCCUCUCGAAACAAAACUGGCCCCCUGUUGUCAGUGACUGCUUUAGGGACCCCCACUCUACCUGGACAGACGACUAUUCAGGUACGGGUGCCAUAUCGCGUUGUUGGAUUGGUUGUGGGUCCUAAAGGUGCAACCAUCAAGCGCAUUCAGCAGCAGACCCACACCUACAUCGUGACACCAAGUCGUGACAAAGAGCCUGUCUUCGAGGUCACGGGGAUGCCAGAGAAUGUGGACCGCGCACGGGAAGAGAUUGAGGCGCACAUUGCCCUCCGCACUGGAACCUGUGGGGGCAUCGAAGCUCCGGGCGUGGACAACAGUGACUUCCAGUUCAACGGGACAGACGUCAGCUUUGAGUGUUCUUCGCUUUCAUCUAGUGGUGGGAAGGAUGGCUGGCUUCGUGCUGGUCCCUCGUCGCCAGGCGGCAGAAGCUUGAUGCCCGUAAGCAUAAACGGCACCCAGCGAGUCAACAGCAAUAUCAGCAGUGGGGUCAGGAUGUCUUCCACUUACCGCAACGACAGCUCCAGUUCACUGGGCAGCGGCUCCAGCUCGGCUGAAUCUUUCUACAGCUGUGGGAACGGGAACCGCUUGGCCGAUUUCAGCCCGACCCUUUCGUUCAACGCCAACGCUAACAACAACAACAACAGUAAUAGCAGCACAAGCUUCUGGUUCGGAGAGAGCCUUCUGGGUAUGGGGUCUGAGGAGCUGGUCAGCCUGGGGGGCGGAGGCUCGUCCUCAGGAUUUGACCCAUUAACCAUUUCCACUGCCCACACCCUGCACUCUGCUGUGCAGCCACACAUCUGGUGCCCUUUUGUGGAUAACCAGUCUCUUUCGGCCUUUGAUACUCUUCAGUCUCAGACCAGCCAGCCCGGCACACCCCGUCUUUCUCCAACCUUCUCUGGGUCCGAGGCCUUGGAGCACCCUCAGGCCCAGCGUGUUCACCAAAGGCCUUUCGGAUCAACCGGGACCCUUGAUGCCCAGAGGCUCCCCUCUUCCAGCUCAGCCUUUUCCUCCUCCGGUGAAAGCACCACGUCCUCGUCCUCUCCUCCCGAAUCCUCUUUCUGUCGACCAGGGCUCGGAUCAGUGGGAAGAGGACAGGAGAUAUGCAUCCAGUGUAUGGAUAACCAUGUGAUCGCUGCCUUGGUUCCAUGUGGCCAUAACCUCUUCUGUUUGGAUUGUGCCACGCAGAUCUGCCAGGGCCCCGAGGCCGCCUGCCCUGUGUGCUUGUCCCCAGCUACACAGGCCAUCGAGCUCCGCAAUAUGUGAUUCAUUUUAUAUAGAUUUUAGUUGUUUUUUUUUUUAUAUAUAUUUUGUCCAGUUACCUUAAUAACCGAUGGGGGAUCGAUGUCCUCAGUGUUUCUGCUUUGUGAGAUGUGAAGGGGAUUCACUUGAAAUGAUCCUAGAACAGCAUGUAGGUAUAUUAGCCAGCUUUGUCCUGGCUGGCGUCGGUUUUGUGCAGAAGAACAGACUAUUAGGAAAGGAAAUUUGGGUCAUGGGUUUGGGCCUUCAGCCCAUUCAUGUGCCUGUAUUGUGAAGGUUUUUCCUUGACUUAUUGAUCAACUGGAAGGUUGGAGGCCUUUUGUGUAGCAUUGGGAGGGUAGGGAUACAUUUAACCGCAAAUAUAUAUAUAUAUAUAUUUUUCAUGGCAAUUUAUUAACACUUUAAGUGAUUAUCGCGUAAAAUUUCCCUUGAAACUUGAUCAGUUUCUUCCUACAUAUAAUUUUAUUUUUUUAAAUGUACAUUAGAAUAUAGUAGAGACAUUGCGUUGACUUUUAGGUCAGUGCUUUUUUAAAAAAUUUUUAUUUUUUAAAUUUUCUUUCCAACAUCUGAAAUGUUUUUUAGGAAAGAACAAAAGGUCCGCUUUGCUUUAAUAAAUCCCAUUUUCCAACGAAGAAUUUGUUACAGCAGCCACCUCGACCAAAAGGUCCACACGCAGCCAUCGUCCUUAUCUGCUUCAUUCUAGGUAUUUCACACAAAAAUGAGGAGUCGCUGGAUGUGAAUUUAUUUCUUCCAAAUGUUUACAUUUUCCAGAUCACAAGUCCGACGUUCAAACGUGAGAAAGUAAUGAGCAAACACUCCCAAGGAGAUUUAUUUCUUCACCUUCUUGGUCGAACUUGCAACUGCAAAACUCUCAUACUUCAACUGCCCAAAAGGUGAAACAGGACAGGGGUGCAACUUUUAUUUUGUCCUUUUCUUCGUAGAGAACCGGUACGUUAUCCCACCUCAGUAUCGUCGUGUUGUCUUUUCACGAAUGCGCAAAACUGUUUACAGUGAACUUGUGCCUGAUUUCACUCAGUCAAGAAUCAAGUGGUUCAGUGGAGCAAUGAGUUGCUCAGUCCUCAAAACUAACUUGUGGCCUUUUUUUUUUUCUUUCUUUUUUUUCGGGAAGCCUAUCAUUUACCUACAACACUACAAAUCCAGACCAGAAAGGACGCAUGCUGACAGAUGCAAAUCAUCCUUUCCUUUCAGAUUUAACGUGAAUGCAUCUCAGCAGAACAAAAAUAGCAAGAGCAUGCCUCAGUUUACUUUCCAUUGAGCCACUCUAAUGUGUUGCUUUCAGCAUCCAACCCCUAAUUCCCCUCCUGAAUAUUCCCAUUUCGUCUACAUGAUUGUUAGGGCAAACAUGCUGUACUUGUGUAACAUUCCUCCUCCAUUGUCCUGCACCCUCGUUCUAAGAGUUUAUGCUGCCAGCUCAGACUUUUGUUCUGCUUUCUUUGAGGCCAUCUAAAUAGCGCCUCCUUUUUUCUUCCUGAUGUUGGACUGCUCCAUUCUUCAUUCCACUGGGGUGUAACAUGACCACGAUAGCCAAGCGCUGCUUCACUCCGUUCACUAACGUUUCACCUGGCAGACAAAUGUAAAACGAGUCACUUCGGCAUGCUAAUUAUUUAAGAAAAAGACUUCUUUUUAAUGCUCUCUUCGUCCUUUAGACCUUCCCAACUUAUAUCAAUGCACUGACACGUUUCAGUGGUAGACAGCCUGCCCUGUUUUAUCUGCUUCUCUUGUUUUGUGCAGUCCAAAGCACAGCCCAACCUGUAUCUAAUCGCAAUAUUGAACAGUUGAGGCAAGCACGUGGUAUCUUUUCUAUUCUAAGGUCCUCAUCCUGGAAAAUUCCAGAAAAAGGUACAAGCUGGUGGAAAUCAUCCCAGUGACACUCGUAGGAUGGUUAGUGUUCAGACAUUUGGGUUUGUUUGGGGGGGGGCUUUAGUCUCUGGUCAUGGACACUACGUCAGGUCAAUACUGUUGUCUUCUGUUCUUGUGUGGACAUUGCACUGCAGUCCUUCUAGCAUUCCAGCUGUAAACAGUAUUUGGGAUUCAUCUGGCGGUUUCCACCUCCAGUUCUUAGAAAUCCUUUUGAGGAAAUAGAACAAAACAAGUCUCUCAAGUGCAACUUCCCCUUCAUCUUCCAUCUUCUCCAUUUCCCUGGAUCUUCCAUCCAUCCCAUCACUUUACCGCUCUCUUUUCCUCUCUGGGGGGAAUGCAAUACACGAUCUGCCCUCAAGGUUAUUCGCCACAAUAUAUUGACAGUUUUUUUGUGUAUGUAUUAUAUGAUAUUACUGUUAAUGACUGAUAAAUAUACAGAACUUAUUUUUUAUUUUGUUACAUUUCAUAUAUACAUAAAUAUAUCUAUAUAAAAAUGUUUACAAUAAGAUUUUUUCUUUUUUCCGAGUGAUUAAGUGACGAGCUGGAAAUCCUGCAGGAGUUGGUGAAAUCUGCUUGUAGUCUAGCCGAUAGUCGACAGUAUUGACAAUAGUAUUGAUAGCCGCCGUUAACCCUCGCUGAAAGUGGAAUGUGCAUCACGAGCAUGUCUUCAUAACAUUGUAAAACAUCACUGCAACUGUAAAAAGGCCAAGGAUUCAAGCUGCCUGUCAUGUCUGUACACAACCAAAUUAAGAACGCUAUACUAUUCAAAUGUAUCUUAAGAGUAUCUAUAUAUAAAUUCUUAUAUUGUUGAAAGCUGUACCAACAGUUCAAAGUAUUUGCUAACUUUACUACACUUUUGUUAUGUUCUAUGUGUAGGAGGAGUCUUAAGGCAUAUAAAUUCUUCAAAUUAAGUCAGGAGUUUAAAAGCAGACUAUAUUUUGUAACGGCCUUUUAAGUUAUUGCGGCCAAAGCACUGAUAUUCUAUAUAUAUUUGCUGUAAAGAGAAUUUUAAGAGUUUUAUUUUUCUGAUAUUAAAAUUACUUAAUAAAGACAGUUUCAUUUUAAAGCCAUAAAA